CACCCCCGCCUGGGACCCGCUUGGGACCCAGGUAUGUGCCGGGACUGGGAAUCAAACCAGCGACCCUUUGGUUCGCAGGCCAGUGCCCAAUCCAGUGAGCCACACUGGCUAGGGUUUCGCAGGUGCUUUAAAACAAACCCUUGAGGCAGGUUCUGUUUUACAGAUGGGACGGUGAGACGCAGAGAGUUCAAGAAGUUUGCUCCAACUCAUACAACAUGUGCAGAGAGGGUCAGGUAAGCUUCCUGAGACCGUGGGGCGAGCAAGCGGUACGGUGAGGACUGCGGUCCAUGGCCCCCUCCCCUUGCCCUGCCAAGGAGACGCCCCUUCCCUGCAGCCCAGGGGCGGUCCAGGGGUCCCCGGGAAAGAAGAAAGUGGGGGAGGGGGAGACCUACCAGGCAGCGGGCUGCGUCUGCGCGCGGGGUCUGGGAAGGGGGGCUUCCGGGGCUGCAGGCUUGCCAAAACGGGAAUGAUGCAAUCACGCUAAUCGCUGCGUCAAAGCGCAGCUCCGGGGGGUGUGGGGACUGCGGCAGAGCUGGCGGGGACUGCGGCAGAGCUGGUUGGGACUGCGGCAGAGCUGGCGGGGACUGCGGCAGAGCUGGUCGGGACCGCGGCCCACAGCCUCCCUCCGUUGCCGCGGCACACUCGGCGGCAAGCGGCACCCACGGCCACCAGCCUUCGUCCCGCGCCAAGACCACCACCUGGAACUACCGGCCACCGCUGAAAACCGUUACCGGGCGCCCAGGGCGCGCCAUGAAGUCUGCGGUUGGCUCACGAGGGGUUGGCUCCGGGGGCCGCGCUAGCGGCGGCUGGGGCGGCGGCUGGGGCAGCGGCUGGAGCAGCAGUGGCUGGAGCGGCAGUGGCUGGGGCAGUGGGCGAGGCAGCAGCAAAGGAGGCGGCGGCGAUGGCGGUGGCUCUGGAGGCAAGGGCAGCUUCGGGGGACGGCCGCGCAGCUCCGGCGGCGGCGGCCGAGGCCGGGGACGCAGCGGCGGCGGAGAGGGCAGGGACCGCGGCGGCGGCGGGCGGCGGCGCGGCGGCGCGUCCAGGGGCAAGAACCGCCGCAAGAAGGGUAUCAAGACGGUGUCGGUGGAACCCCAUCGGCACGAGGGCGUCUUCAUCUACCGCGGCGCGGAGGACGCGCUGGUCACGCUGAACACGGUGCCCGGCCACUCGGUGUACGGCGAGCGGCGGGUCACCGUGACGGAGGGCGGCGUGAAGCAGGAGUACCGCACCUGGAACCCGUUCCGCUCCAAGCUGGCCGCCGCCAUCCUGGGCGGGGUCGACCAGAUCCACAUCAAGCCCAAGUCCAGGGUGCUGUACCUGGGCGCCGCCUCGGGAACCACGGUGUCCCACGUCUCCGACAUCGUCGGCCCCGAAGGCUUGGUCUACGCGGUGGAGUUCUCCCAUCGCGCCGGGCGCGACCUGGUCAACGUGGCCAAUAAGCGAACCAACAUCAUCCCGGUCCUGGAAGACGCCCGACACCCGCUCAAGUACCGCAUGCUCGUCGGCAUGGUGGACGUGAUCUUCGCGGAUGUGGCCCAGCCCGACCAGUCCCGCAUCUUGGCUCUGAACGCCCACACCUUCCUGCGCAACGGGGGCCACUUUCUCAUCUCCAUCAAGGCCAACUGCAUCGAUUCCACCGCGUCUGCGGAGGCGGUGUUUGCGUCCGAGGUGAGGAAAUUGCAGCAGGAGAAUUUAAAGCCUCAAGAGCAGCUGACCCUGGAGCCCUAUGAGAGGGACCACGCCGUGGUCAUCGGGGUCUACCGGCCCCUUCCCAAGAGCAGCAGCAAGUAGCACCCUGCUGGGGCCGUCCCAGAGACCUCCCCACACCGCCGCCUUCAGUGUUUCUGUGUCCGCGAGGGGCCAUCGUGCGACCUCCGUGAGACCGCUGCCUUCAGUGUUACUGUGUAUUCACGCGAGCUGUCCCUGAGACCUCCCCACACCUCCGCCUUCAGUGUUACUGUGUACGCGUGGGGCUGUCCCUGAGAUUUCCACGACCGCUGCCUUCAGUGUUACUGUGUACUCGGGGGGCCAUCCUGAGACCUCCCGAAGACCGCUGCCUUCAGUGUUACUGUGUACACGUGGGACUCUCCCUGAAACUUCCGCCAGACCGCUGCCUUCUGUGUUACUGUGUACGCGUGGGGCCAUCCUGAGACUUCCCCGAGACCUCUGCCUUCAGUGUUACAGUGUAUGCGUUUCCUUUGUGUGUUGUUUUCCCUUCUUUGGUUUUGCUAUUAAAUGGCUUAAAGAAA